CGAGCUCCACUUUCCUGCCUUCCAUGUUGCCCGACACCCAUUUUCCCUUCUCCCCAUGGGUCUGAGAUGUCAGAGGGUGACACAGGGAGGCAGGGUGGUGGUCCAGCUCGAGAGAAGGAAGAAUUGUCAGCAGCAGAGGUGUAGGGGAGGGUAGUUCUGACCAUCUCCUGUCCCUGGGCAAUGUGUGAAGGAAGAAGAGGUCAUCACCCCCUCAGUUGGGCAGAGAACAGAGAGCCUUCUCUAUAUCUAACUGGCAUCCUCCUCCUCCCUCCCCUGCCGGUCUCGAACCCACCUCCCUUCCCUCACCCCACCCCCAACCAUGUCGCCACAGGCUCCGCUGUCCAUGGGGGAGAGGACCCCAGGCACCCUGCCCAGAGCAAACGGGACUCCAGUUUUGGAGUUCCUAUUGGAGGGCCUGACGGAUGUGACGGAUGUGAAGCCGGUGCUCUUCACCGUCUUUCUGCUGAUCUACGUCGUGGCUCUGGCUGGAAACCUGGGCAUUGCCAGCCUCAUUGCCCUGGACCGAAGGCUCCACACGCCCAUGUAUUUCUUUCUGGCCAACCUCUCGCUGCUCGACGCUGCAUACGUGUCCAACAGUGUGCCUCAGAUUCUAGCACACUUGUUGGCCACAGAGCAGCUCAUGUCCUACCGGGCCUGUCUUACCCAAAUGUUCUUUCUCCACUUCCUGGCGCCAUGGGAGUGCUUCCUACUCACAGCCAUGGCCUAUGACCGUUAUGCUGCCAUAUGCCGGCCACUUCACUAUCUGGUCCUCAUGGGGCCCCGGACCCGGACAAUCCUCGCCUCAGUCUCUUGCCUGCUUGCACUAACCAAUGCACUCACCCACACGCUCCUGGCAACCAGGCUUGACUUCUGUGGGCCCCGCCUGAUCACUCACUUCUUCUGCGACUUGCCACCACUCCUCAAGCUCGCCUGUUCCAGCACGCAGCCCAAUGAACUGGGCCUUUUCUUCUUCAGCUUUUUGGUGGCCCUCCUCCCCUGUGCUCUGGUUGUGGUGUCCUAUUUCAAUGUGGCAGUCGCCAUCCUUCGGAUCCGCUCAGCCGAGGGCCGCCGCAAAGCUUUCUCCACAUGUGCCGCCCACCUCACUGUGGUCUGUAUCUUCUACAUCACCUCUGUACUCUGCUACAUCCUCCCCAGCUCCGCCUACUCCAGGACACGGAGCCGGGUUUUCUCGGUGCUUUAUACCAUCCUUACACCCAUGCUCAACCCCAUCAUCUACAGCAUGCGCAACAAGGAAGUCAAGAGGGCAGUGUACAAAGUGCUGAGAAGGGAGGAACCCAUGUGAAAGACGGGGCAGCGGGAGCAAUGCGGAAGGACAACCCAAACCCAUUUAGGGCCCACAGAGUCCGAGCCUUCAAGCUUCCCCACAUCUAUUCAUUCGGCGACGGCGAGUGGUUUCAGUCACGUCUGACUUUCUGUGAUCCCAUCUGAGGUUUUCUUGACAAAGAUCCUGAAGUGGUUGGCCAUAUUUCCUUCUCCAGCUCAUUUGACAUAUGGGGAAAUUGAGGCCAACAGGGCAAGUUACAGGACUUGCCCAAGAUUACACAGCCAGGAAGGGUCUAAGGAGAAAGUUGAACCCAGAAAGAUGAGUCUUCCUAACUUUAUCACUCUGUCCACUGCAGCACCAUCUAGUGGCCCCAAUUGUACAGACACAUAAAUGGGGUCCUAGAAGGGAAGUGGCUGCCCUUGGGCACAUGGCUAGUAAGCAGCAGAAGUAGCACUCAAACCUUCUAGGAUGCCUCUCUGAGAUUGGCACAUCUUUAAAACUUGGCAGCAUCUCGGCAUUGACUUUUUGACCUAUGAUUUUAUUGCCCUAGAUUUCUUGGUGAGGAAAUUCCCUCCACCAAAGCAGGCCAACCUCUGCUCUGCAACAUUGAGAAUCUAAGGGACUUGCCUAGGGUCAUACAGUCACUCUAUGUCAGAAGCCGGAUUCGAAACCAGUCUUUGUGACUCUCCGCCUGCCUCUUGCUUCUUGUCUUUCGAAAGAGUGUCUGCUAUCAAAUGUAAUUGACUCUGCUACUAGCAGCAAUGCAAUGAUCCAGGACAACUUUGAGAGACUUGGGAGACAGAACGCUCUCCACAUCCAGAGGAAGAACCGUGGGAGCGGAAACCCAGCCGAAAACCAUUGGAUUGAUGUGGGUAUGGGAAACAAAACAAACAACUUGGGAAUGGGAUCUGAAUGAUCAUCCAUGUAUGACCCGGGGGGGGGGGGGUGGAGACAACAGGACAACAAGAAUCAUGUGACUGUGGAGAAAAUGGAAAAGGAAACGAAAAAAAGACAGAGUGGGCUGCUUUGAAAGGCCCCUGGUGGGAGCUCCAGCGAUGUGGCCUCUCAAUGCCUGCUUCUGUACACCUUAGAUUUUCCUGUGUCCGGUUGGUUUCUUAACGUGGGGAUGGGGAUCCCCCAUAACAACAGGCCAGUCCUUGGGGCGGUGAGCGUUGCUUCCCUAAAGCUGCUUGGUUGUUCCCUGCGGCGUUUGACGGGCCUCAGCCGCAGGUAUGCCUGAAAGAGCGGCUCGGAAGGCUAAGGACCAAGCUAGGAUGGAGGGCAGAGAAAGCCAUUGGGGCUUUCCAGCCCUGCGGAAUCUAGUUGGCAGUGCAAAAGCUCAUCACCAGGGACGCCCAGUGAAAGGCGCUCAGUAACUCGGUAACUCAUCUCCCGGGGGCCCUGCUCUCCCUCCUGCCAGCCCAGCCUGAACUCAAGCUGCUUUUGAGACCCAGACAUUUGGGUGAGCUCUCCUGUUCCAUGCUGGCCUCCUCAGCAAGGCCACGUGCACGGCCCAGCAAUGGCUGCUUGCUUUCUUCCUGCUCUCCAUAGCCAGUUGCCCUGCCUUCCUGACUGUGAUAAGACUCCUUCAUUCUCUCUUCUAACUCUGCUGAGCCCAGACCUGGGUUUUUCAUUUUACAAAGGGCUAGAGAAGGUAAGUGACCUGCUUAGGGACACACAGCAGCUCAGGAACAGGAUUGGAGAAGGGGAGAAAGAGACAGGCACUAUGCUGAGUUCUUUCCACAAAUCUGAUCUUAUUCCAAGGAGAUCACUGGCUUGAUUUUCCCGGGAUUCAGGGAGGGGAAGACUGGGUACAAUUUGCUACUGUGCUUUUGCAGGCAGGACCAACGCUUCAAGAGUCAUGGGAGCGACUGGAUGACGGAAGAGACACUGACUUGCAAUCAAAAGACAAAUUCUAGCCCUGUCCCUGGCACUCUAGCUAUGUGAUUGGGGCGAGGUAGCCGACAUCUUGGGCCCUCAGUCUCCUCGGAGACCUAAAGCAUGACUUCCUUGUCUGGAAGCAUAAGCACACGUUAGGGCAGCAUAGAAACAGGAACUCUUACUCUUCCAAACAAAUGCAUAUUGUAAACGUGACGGGACUUCAGCCUUUGGGGACUGCCAGAACUGGGUGUACGUCCCAGUUAUCCAGCCACAUAGCUGCUUGCCCAGUGUCUGUGAUGAGAACACCAAGGACCCAUUCUCUUCCCUAGGUCUACAGGUUGCUGCUGCUGGUGGUGGUGCUGCUGCUGCUGCUACUGCUGGUGCUGGUGCUGCUGCCGCCGCCACUGCUGCUUUGUCCCAGUGGUGGCUACUCCACACUAACAUGAGAGCAAACUUAACUCAAGGUUUCCACCUUGAGGGUGUCAGAGCUGGAGAGUAGCGGGCAUCUAAGCACAGAGUUUGCAGGGAAGACGGAAGCCUGGAGCCUCCUGUUGGAGGGAGUCCAGCCAUCUGGGAGUAGGCACGGAGACACUGGUCUCUGGGAGCGGCUGGGACUGUGGCCCUGCUUCGGGGAAUGUGUUUCUCCUUUCUUCUUUCUCUACCUGUUCAGUAAAUAUCUCUGCGGCCAAAGCGAAUGGAUGUUCAUUGGUCACAUUAUAUCGGAAUGCUAAACACUAGCGCAGUCCGUGUGCCAUUGAGGUGAAGCCUUCUGGAUGGAGGCUCGAGCCAAUAGCAUCAGAAAGACCCCGAGGAGAAGUACUAGCAGGUGGACUGAGGGGAGGCCUACUCAGGGGGGAGUUGAGCUAAGGACCCCGUAGGUCCAGGUUGCAUCCAUGCAGGCAUACGCAUGACGGCUGCCUUUCUAAAACAAAGGGCUUAG